UGCAACACGGAUUCUUUUACCAGACGCACAUGCAGAGGGACGGUUAUUGUUGCUCGAACACAGAAUAAUUUAAAAUGAUUUGCUUUAUAAUUUAAAAUGUGUUGCGCGUUGAACGACACCACGGGUUGAACUUUUACUCUGAAGAAAAUGGAGGCGAGUUUGGGGAGCGAAGUGGCCUCGAUCGUGGAGGUGUCCAUCCAGGCGGCGGUGUCCGUGUUCAGGGAUGUUUGGGCGAAAGAGGCGCCAGACACGGAGUUUCAGGAAGCGAAGCUCGGUGAGAUCCAGGAGAUAGAGAAGUGUCUGGUGGCCCAGAUCCACAAAGCGUUCACCCGCUUCUCCUCCGAGCUGUCCGAGGAGAACGAGGCUCUGCGGGCCAAAGUGGAGCAACUGGAGGACGUGCUGCAGAGGAAAGCCGGGCAGCUGGAGCAGGAGCUGGAGGCCAGAGUGGGUCAGCUGAGCCGAGAGAUGGAGCAGCUGGAGAGAGAGCUCCGGAGCUUCAGGCACCGCGACAAGGCUCCGGAAGAAGCCGGUCACAGCCCACUGCCUGACGGAUCAGUGAUGGAUUCAGCAGACAGCGAGGUCGCUGCCAGCUCCACGGCUGCUUCUACACCUGCAGCCGCCUCCAUGAUAGUGGGCAGAGUCUGCUCUGCUCCCACGGUGCUGUUGGUGGGUACCAACCAAGUUGUAACACAGGCCCCCACGCCAUCGCUGGCUGUCUGUAAAACAAUGGGAACAACGCAAGUGUUCAUCAAACCAGCAACAAUGCCAGAGUCUACGCAUCAAGAUGUCCCCAGUCCAAACUCCAGCACCGUCAGUGAUCAUGCCUCAGCCGAAGAGACGAAAUCUUUGGAAGAGGCUCCAUCAGGGAGGCCAAGGAGGACGAGGAGAUCAACUUAUAAAAUUGAAAAAGUUUCUACUGACAACAGCUCUGAAGAGAAGAAAAUCAAACCAGUUGGAAAAAAAGAGUUACAGGCAGAAAAGCGUUUUUCCUGCGAGCACUGUGAUGUCAGUUUCCAUUUCAAAUGUGACCUGAACAAACACAUGAAGGUUCACAAAAAGCCGUUUGCUUGUGACCAGUGUGACAGAAGUUUCCUGAUGAAGAAGUCUCUGGAGAACCACGUUCUGCGUCAUGAGGCGGGUAAAGUCCCGCGGCCCUUCCCCUGUCCACAGUGUAAACGAUCUUUCCGGAAAGAGCAGUCGCUCCAGAAUCACCUCAAGAGUCACCAGAGGAUGAAACCUCCGAAGCCGUUUGUCUGUGAUCAGUGCGGAAAAACCUUCAGACUCAAACAAUCUCUGGAGAACCACCUUUUACGGCACGAGAAAUGGAAGCAGAUGCUGAAGUGUCAGCUCUGCGACAAGACUUGCAAGACUUCCGUCCAGCUGAAGUGUCACAUGGCUGUGCACUCAGAGGAGAGACCGUUCAGCUGUGAAAAAUGUGGGAAGGAGUUUAAGAGCAAAGACACUCUUCGCUUCCAUCAGGUAGUUCACACAAACACCAAGAAUUACAAAUGCACAAUGUGCGAGGAGACUUUUAAAUACGCCCAUUCCCUGACAGUGCAUAAGAGGAAGCACACAGGCGUCACGCCGUUCACAUGCACCGUGUGCAACAGGUCUUACAGGACGGGCACUGCUCUGAAGAGACAUGGCAUCGUCCACACCGGGGAGAAACCAUUCACGUGUCACAUAUGUGGAGCGAGUUUCAGCCUGAAUAACAAUCUCAAGAGGCACCUUCGCAUUCACACGGGAGAGAAGCCAUUCACCUGCAAGGAGUGUGGCAAGAGCUUCUCAGACAACAACAAGCUAAAGUCCCACAUGCUCAUCCACGGAGCCAGGAAGCCAUUCAUGUGUGAUCUGUGUGGGAAGACCUUCCUCUUCAACUGCAGGCUGCUGAUGCAUCAGCGGUAUGUGCAUUUCGACAGGAAUGAAGAGGCCGACGGCACACAGAGACAUUUGCAGACAAAACGACGAAACAAGGCUCUGGUUAAGCCAUUCAGCUGCAAAAUAUGUCUGAGAGGUUUCUGCACCACUUAUUCCCUCAAACUUCACGAACGAGGCCACAGUGAGCACAAGGAGUACGAGUGCGGCCUCUGUGGGAAGGCUUUCCACAACAAAUACUCUUUUGGCUAUCAUCAGAGAAGCCACGCAGGUGAGAAGCCCUUUGUUUGUGAUGUGUGCGGGAAGAGAUUUUUCCAUACUGCUAGUCUGAAGCAGCACGAGCGGAUUCACACGGGCGAAAAACCGUACAAAUGUGACCAGUGCGGCAAAGCAUUCAGAACGGAUGGAAAUUUCUACAGGCACUUGCGGAUCCACACAGGCGAGAAGCCGUUUCAGUGUGUGCACUGUCAGAAAAAGUUCCAUCAGUCAAAUCAGCUCAAGUCCCACCUUCAGAUCCACACCGGGCAGAAGCUGUACUCGUGCCAGCAGUGUGGACAGGGCUUCUCUGACUCCAGGCAGCUGAAGAAGCACAGCUGUGACGGGUCAUGUCAUAGUGUGAUGACCACCAGUACGCUCGGCUAAUGACAAAUCAUGUGUUAACUACAGCCUGGCCGAUAUGGAUUAUCUGAGGGGCAGAUGCUGAUAUUAAGGAGUAAAAAUGUAUUGUCCCAAUAUAUUGGUCGGUAUGUAUAUUCAAAUAACAUGUCUGUCAAGGAAAAACAGUCCCCUUAUAUCUCACAAUGUUAAAGAAAGAGAUAAAAAUAGCUGGAUUCAUCUGCUGAUCCAGAUCCACACUGAAAUUGAAUGGAUUUCCAAAGAAAACAGAAAAAAAUUACCUCCUUGGCAGAAAUACAAAAUGUCUGAUUCUUACGUCGUUAUCAAACCCUUUUGCCUAACGACUAAGGAUUUUAAUUGAGGUAAACAAAACACAAAUGCAACUUAAUAUAUAGAAAUUAGAGAAAGACAUUUUUUUAAAUUUAAAUGCACAUUCUGCAUUGUUUAUUGUGUAAAAUUAACCUUACCAUAUUAGUGCACAUCAGUAAACGUAAACACAGAUAAUAAUGUUUGCGGAAGGCUCAUGUCAGUCAGGCUCAAGUUUAACUUGACAAAUUCAUAAAUGAAGGGAAAAAAUAUUCACUGAAUCAGAUAAUAUUAUCUGAUGUUGAGACUGGGUGCAGAUUUAUUUUUGAAAUGAAUCUGUUCUGGUUUUGGCAAUAGUUUGAGUUGUUGAAGUUAUUAAGUAAAAAUACAAAACAUUUGCUUAUUAUAGUUCUGGGCUCUGGAAACUGUCACUUGUUACAAUUAUUAUAUUAGAUAAAAAAAAUAAACAGCAGUAUUUAAUACAGCAUUUGAUAGAGGCAGCUCUACUCUCAUCCAGAGCCUUAACAGUAGAGGUCAGCAGCGUUGUUUGUGCCAUUUAUUGGUUUCGUUUUUCUGCUUCAUUAACCUUUGACUGUUAAAAUAAGUUUUUACAUUUAUAGGAGACUGUGGCCAUUCAAACAGCUGAAAGUUUGUGUGGUGAUAUAUUGAGAUGCCUCUGUAAAUAUGGUGAGGGUGAUAAAUCCCAGCUCUCGGUUUUCUCUUUAGCAGAUGAGUUGAUAUUCAAGUGAAGAUUUGGAUCUUUUUGUGUUGUUUUUCUUUAAUUUAUAUUUUGAGUUCACAACAAUUAAUCAAGAUGAGGUAAUUAUUCUCUGAGUAAAACAUGUGUACCGUUGUAUGCAUUCCUGCGACAUAUGUCCUGUU